CAGCGCAAACGCAGAAGUAAAUGCCUGGUUUACAAGAACAAAUGAUCAAGAGGACUUUCACUCUUCAGAUGUAAAGGAGUAACCAUGGAUCUCAGUGAGGAGGAAUCAGCUCCUCUGGUGAACAGAGACCGAGGAGGCAGCCACAAGUCCAGUACGAGCACUGGGCCCAGUUUACCCGUGCACCUCUACUUCUUCCCUGCAACAAAGGACACAACAACAAUACACAUUUCCUGUGGCCAAGUCUCUGCUGAAGAUGUGUGCAUCCAAGCAGGAAAGAAAUGUGGAAUCCUACCAGUGUACCUGGGUCUUUUUGGGUUGGCGUCCUCUGACCUCUCAUUCUGGUAUCCGCCAUCGCACAUGUUCAACACAGAUGAAAAGCUACAGGUCCACUUCAGAGUCAGAUUUUUCUUUGGAAACUGGUUUGGUAAAGGACCAAGAAAAUCGUACCGCUACGGUCUGAGCAGAGACAGCAACACUCCGGUGCUCGACUGCAAUGUCAUCGACUAUCUCUUCGCUCAGUUGCGAAGUGACUUUAUUGCUAGUGAGGCAGGGGUUUCUCCUCCUCUGAGCACUCAGGAGGAAUGUCUCGGCCUUGCAGUAUUAGACCUAUGGAGAAUGGUUAAAGAGCGCCACCAGACUGUUAGAGAGCUCUGCAAAACCGUCAGCUACAAAUCCUGCCUACCAAAGUCACAUCGCCAUGACAUCCAGAGACGAAACCGCCUGGAUCGUUAUCGAAUCCGAAACACCCUCAAGCGUUUCUUAAAGAAGCUUGGAAACUGCUCGGUGGACGCGUGCAGCUUGAAAGUCAAGUACCUGAUUGAACUGGCUGGCAUCGAGCCCUCUCUGGGGAGCGAAACCUUCAAAGUGGGUCCUGCUGCCUCCCAGGAAAAGUCAGCUUUCAGUCUGGUGCGGGUGACUGGGGAAAGUGGAAUUCAAACCAGUGGAAGUUGCCAUCCUGAUAGUUCCCUGGAGUGGCUGACCUUCUGUGAUUUCCAAGAAAUCAUUGACAUCAGUAUAAAGAGGGUGUGUCAGGAGCAGCUUCCCCAAGACAGCAGAUUGGUUACAAUAACCCGCAAAGAUGAGAGUCACUUGGAAGUCAAUUUCCAGGGUCUAAGGGAGGCACAUUCAUUUGUGUCACUUGUCGAUGGCUACUUCAGACUGACCAUGGACUCUAGCCACUACUUCUGCCAGGACAUUGCUCCACCAAGUAUUCUGGAGGGUGUGAAAAACCAUUGCCAUGGCCCAAUCACAUCUGAGUUCGCAGUCAACAAAUUGAAGAAAUCUGGAUUUAAAGGAGGUACAUUCCUGGUCCGGCAGAGUCCGAAGAACUAUGACAGCUUCUUCCUCACUGUGUGUGUUCAGACCCCACUUGGACUCGACUAUAAAGACUGUCUCAUCAUUAAGAAUGUGCAAUUCAGUCUUCCUGGUGUCCAGAAAUCAUUUGGCAGCUUGAGAGAGAUCACCAGUCAUUACCAACACACCAAGCUGCUGCUGGCUGAAGUUCCUGUCAAGUUGGGCCGCUGCUGUCCACCCAGACCCCAAGAGCUUACAAAUCUCAUCAUCAUACGCAGCAGCAACUCUGUGGAAACCCAAGGCUCCCCGUCACCUGAGAGGAACAAAUUCAAUCACAUCCAGUUCCACAUUAUCAAAUACGAAGACCUGAAAUGCGAGGUAAGCCUUGGACAGGGAUCCUUCACGCGGAUUUUUAAAGGCCACAAAACAGACAUUCACGAGGCGGAAAAGCAUGUGACAGAAGUCAUACUGAAAGAGCUUGAUGGCGCUGACAAGAAUGGCUGGGAGUCAUUCUUUGAAGCUGCCAGCUUGAUGAGUCAGAUUUCACACAAACACAUCCUCCACGUUUAUGGCAUCAGUGUUCAUGGAGUCAAAAACAUCAUGGUGCAGGAGUUUGUCAAGCACGGGGCCCUUGACCUUUACUUGAAGAGAGGGAGAUCUGUGUCAGUGAGCUGGAAACUCGACGUAGCCAAACAGCUCGCAUCUGCCCUCAACUUUCUGGAAGAGAAAAACAUUGUUCAUGGAAACAUAUGUGCUAAAAACCUGCUGCUGGCGAGAGAGGGCGACCCGUCACAGGGCUCCUCCCCUUUCAUCAAGCUGAGUGACCCGGGCAUCAUGCUGGGCAAAGAUGUUAUCCUGGACCGGAUCCCAUGGGUGGCCCCUGAGGUGCUGGAGAGCCCAGACAACCUGACGCCGGAGUGUGAUAAGUGGAGCUUUGGUGCCACUGUGUGGGAAAUCUUCAACAAUGGGACCGCUCCCCUGCGAGGCUGGGACCUGGAACAGAAGCGUCAGUUUUAUGAAGGGUUCCAGCAGCUGCCCCCCUCCCAGUGGACGGAGCUGGCGGAUCUGAUCAGUCAGUGCAUGUCGUACCAGUCGGACUUCAGACCCUCCUGUCGCAGUAUUAUCCGUCAACUCAACAGUCUGAUCACUUCAGAUUAUGUGAUUUUGCGUGCCACUGAGCCUGUCACACAGAGCCCACUGCGGAGAGCCCUCAGCACUCAACAUGACCAGACACUGUUUGAGGAAAGACACCUACGUUACAUCACCCCUCUGGGAAAAGGAAACUUCGGCAGUGUUGAACUCUGUCGUUACGACCCGCUGGGUGACAACACGGGCGAGCUGGUCGCUGUGAAAAAGCUGCAGCCCAACCAGCAGUCGACUCAGGAGGACUUCCAGAAGGAAGUCAAAACCCUUAGCGUGCUGCACUGCGACUACAUCGUCAAAUACAGAGGAGUCUGCUACAGCAUGGGUCGCCUCAGUAUGAGCUUGGUGAUGGAGUACCUGCCGUACGGUAGCCUUAUUGGCUACUUGGAGAAUAACCAACAUAAAGUCAACACUAGGCGGAUGCUGCUCUUUGCUUCGCAGAUAUGUAAGGGGAUGGAGUACCUGCAGACGCUGCGUUACGUUCACAGAGACCUUGCAGCCAGAAACAUCCUCGUGGCCAGUGAGAUGCUGGUGAAAAUCGCUGAUUUUGGGCUGACCAAGAUUAUUCCUUGUGACAAGGAGUACUACCGCGUCAAACAGCUUGGCGAGAGCCCCAUCUUCUGGUACGCUCCAGAGUCCAUCAACGAGUCCAAAUUCUCACACAAAUCAGACGUCUGGAGUUUUGGAGUCGUUCUUCACGAGCUUUUCUCCAACUGCAACAUGAACUGCAACCCAAAACGACUGUACAUGCAGGAGAUUGGACACAACGUGCAAGGUCCAUCCAUUUCAAUGCACGUGGAGAAUAUUCUAAAGAGUGACUGGAGGUUACCGGCUCCUCCCAACUGCCCACCCAAGGUGUACAGUUUGAUGAAGGAGUGCUGGGCGUACAACUUCGACGAGCGGCCAUGUUUCUACAGCCUGGGAAACCAGAUUGAAACGAUCAUGCAGGAUGAAAGAGAGCCCUAAAGGCCGAGAAGGAGCCGCUUCACACUUCACAGCAAUGCUCAGUAGGAAGUGACAAAGUGUCCUUCCCUGCUGUUGAAAUUCAUUUUUGAAUGCAACAUUCCUUGGUCCAAUAAGAAACAAGCUGCUGAGGAAAAAGCAUCAUGAAUUCCAAACUGUUGCAUAGUAGGUACAGAGACAUUAACUUUUUUAUUGCGUGUUUGUUACUUUUGGAGGGGUCGUUUGUUAUGGUCUGUUGUUGGGAUGCUGAGCAAGACAAAGGUUUGACUGGUCACUGAUCGGCCUCUUGCCUGACACAUCAGCAGGGUAAAAGUUUCAACUGAUUAUGCUACAUGUCAUCAUAUUUUCUUACAAUUGAGUUAAUAAAAAUAUCCACACAGUG